CCAAACCAAUUCCAUAUCUAUUCAUGAACUAAUCUAACAACUUCUAAUCCAGUUGAUUAUCCCACGUGCUGCUCAUGUUUAACUCACGUGAUUUUUUCUCCCUUUUUUGGACAUGUAACCCCUAGUAAUUGUGUCCCUUUUUUACAAAUACAUAUAUGGGUUUGCUAAAAGAUUGUACUUCGUACUUUGUAGCUUUGGCACUGAAAAAAAAAAAAAAUACAAACAAUGAACCAGGAGGCCACCAAGAGCAACUCUCACGCUUCAGGGGACCCCUCCAACCCAUGUCCCAUCUGCCUCGGACCCAUCCUUCAAGAUUCCUAUCUUGACAAAUGUUUCCAUAAGUUUUGUUACAAUUGCAUUGUACAGUGGACCAAAGUGGUUGCACGCAAGCAUUCUAGCCCACCUACUUCUGUAAAAUGUCCUCUGUGCAAGACGGAGAAUUUUUCUAUAUUACAUGGAUAUGAUGGAAGUUCAUUUCAACGGCAUUACAUUAAUCGAGAUUUUGGAUAUAGCUUUCUCUUAACAAGAGCACACAAGUAUAGAUUACAGUGCUAUUACACUGAACCAGGUAUCGUAGAUGACAUAUUCAACGUACUAUGGUAUUGGAAAUCUCAUAAGUAUCUUCAGCCAAACCACUGGCUCCAAAGUUGGUUGAGAAGGGAAAUACAAGCUCUUAUACAGGUCUGCAAAUUAAACAGUCUAAAGUUUCAUUAUGAGCACUAUAAAUUGAUUGUAGACUAUGACAUAGAAUGCAAGCUGCAUGUAAUAAAACAUGUUGCUAAUCCUGAAUGAAGCUUUCCAACCAUUUAUUAUCAUGUUAGCAUCAGCCAAUUUGCAUAGGUUAAAUUCUAGGGGAAAAAUCUGUGUAUCCACCAACUCAAUUUUUGCUGGGCAUCCAAAGCUGACUAUGGCCAAUCUUAUUCAUUAAAUUGAAAAGACAAAAACAGAGAUAUACCAUUGUUGGUAAAAGAGCACUUAAUCUCACUUAAAGUGCAAAGUGUCGAGGGUAAAGCUAAGUGGAGCGCUUUGAAUCUGAUUGGUA